UAGCUUAUUAGGUAAUAGGAAUUUUCAAAGUUGUGACUGUCAUUAAGUUUCGGAUAUCUGUACUCUCUUCUGCCCUCUAGUGAUGGCUGAUGAAGAAAAAGGAACAAAGCGUUCCCUUGACAACGAUGAUGAUGAAGAGGAAUGGGUCGGUCCCAUGCCACAAGAAGCUGCAAAACCAAAGAAAAUUAAAGUGUUGCCAUAUGAACAAACUUAUCUGGACAACAUGCCCAGCUCUGAUAGAUAUGAGCGUAGUUACAUGCAUAGAGACAAUAUAACUCACGUGGCUGUCACUAAAACUGACUUCGUGUUGACUGCAAGUUGCGACGGGCACGUCAAGUUUUGGAAGAAACAAGAACGAGGAAUUGAGUUUGUGAAACACUUCAGGGCCCACCUUGGAGCAAUCACUUGUAUGUCAGUAAGCUACAACGGUGAACUUAUGUGCACGGUAUCUCAGGACAAAGCUAUGAAGGUGUUUGAUGUUAUUAACUUUGAUAUGAUCAACAUGAUUAAACUGGGGUACACACCCAGUGUCAGCGAAUGGGUUUUCUCAUCGGGUAGCCGAAUAUUUACAGUAGCUGUAGCUAAGUUUGGUGAAGGAAGUAUCUUUAUAUAUGAUGGGAGAGGAGGGGCUUCCCCCUUACAUGAGGUCAAAGUUCACCAACAGGAAGUGACCUGCAUAAAAUACAACCCGACCUUUAAAACUGCCAUAUCUGCUGAUAAGCAAGGGAUGCUGGAGUACUGGUCAGGGCAGGAAGAUGAUUACACUUUUCCAAAAUCCGUUGUGAAAUUUGAAUUUAAAACUGACACCGACCUUUACGAGUUGGCUCGAUUAAAAUGUCACGCUCAGUCGAUUUCGGUCGCUCCCGAUGGAUCAACGUUCGCUGUUAUCACUUCAAAUCGCCGAGUCAUCGUUUUUAAAUUUCUCACAGGAAAAAAAUCUCGAGUUUAUGACGAGUCAUUAAAUACAUUUAUCGAACUGCAAAGAUCCAAAGCUCAACUUGCCAACAUGGAGUUUGGUCGCAGGGUCGCUGUCGAGCGAGAGUUGUUGAAGAAUGAAUCAAGUUUGUCGUGUAACAAUGUGGUUUAUGACGACACAGGAAAGUUCAUUCUUUACGCAACAAUGCUGGGAAUAAAGAUAAUUAAUCUACAUACAAACAAAUGCUGCAGAAUGAUCGGGAAAAUGGAAAAUAUUCGGUUAUUGAAUAUUUCUAUGUUCCAAGGCUCAGUAUCAAAGAUGAAAGCGACAAUCACGGCCGAUAUGAAAGCCUCGGACAACCCAGCGCUGCAAGGAACUGUAUCGGACCCAACUAUAUUUGCUACCGCUUAUAGCAAGAACAGGUUUUAUAUUUUUUCCCGUAUUACCCCGGAUGAAUCAUCCACCAAAGGAACGGAUCGCGACGUUUUCAACGAACGACCAAGCAAAGAUGAAGUUCUUGCAGCAACGCAAACUCAAACAGAGAAAAGAAUAUUUUCAAAUGCCACAAUACAUACUUCUAUGGGUGACAUUGUUUUGAAACUAUUUUCCAAUGAAUGUCCGAAGACUGUUGAAAACUUCUGUGUUCAUUCACGAGAUGGUUAUUACAACGGACAUAUAUUCCACCGUGUUAUUAAGGGCUUCAUGUUACAAACUGGAGAUCCUAAAGGAACAGGAACAGGAGGAGAGAGCAUCUGGGGAGGAGAAUUCGAAGAUGAAUUUCAUCCAUCUUUACGUCAUGACCGACCGUAUACAUUAAGUAUGGCUAACGCGGGUCCCAACACAAAUGGGUCCCAGUUUUUUAUCACAGUAGUUCCCACUCCGUGGUUGGACAACAAACACACAGUAUUUGGAAGAGUUAGUAGUGGAAUGGAGGUUGUGCAUAACAUUGCUGCUGCUAAGGUUCAUCCUAAGACUGAUAAGCCUUAUGACGAUAUUUCGAUUAUUAACAUUAGUGUAAAGUGAAGUUUUUGUUGUUUCAUAAACUUAACUUGGAAUUAGCAAUGAUCUCUGGCCCUUCCCAAAUUAUCUGGUCCAGUUGGGAAAAUCUGAUAAAAAAUCCAACUGAAUAAGCAAAUGUUUCAUCGAGUCUGGCUUCAUUUUUUUGUAUGAGACCAAUUAAGAUAUAGACAUACAGUUUUUAAAUGUAAUAUCAUGUCAUAAAAUUUCUCUAACCAAGCUGUCCAUGUAGUAUGAGGCUUCAAACUAAAUGUUUAAUUUCCUUUUUUUUAUUGAAACUACAACUUUUAGUUUAAAAACUGAUUAAUUCUUUUCUUUCUACUAAAAAUUCACAAUUUAUCAGAAUCAUAUUUGUCAACUUUUUCUAGUUUCUGAAAUACCUUUUCACCAAAAGACAAAUGGUAAAUUUUAAUAAAACGAAAAAGUUUCAAUUACAGAUCCACAUUUGAAUAGUUACACAUUCUUAAUAAAUUUACAGUGGAAAAUAUGCAUAAAAAUAAAAUAUGAAAUUGGAA